UAAAUUUACGAUUGUUUUCAGAAAGUAAACCAUGUCGGGGAAAUUGUACCUUAAAGAUAAACUGGUUGAUGAGGAGCUGGAUUUGUCCAUGAUGCAACUUACCGAAAUACCGGUUAAGGAGAUAGAACAGCUUGGUUCUAAAGUUCUCAAGUUGAACCUGUCCCACAACCUGUUGACGUGUGUACCAGCAAACCUGCCACUACUAACACAACUGACAAGUAUAGACCUCAGCAAAAACCAGAUUGUUGAGUUACCGGAGAAUUUUGGUCAGUUGACCAAGUUGAAAUCUCUAGAUCUGUAUUCAAACCAAAUAUCUAAACUACCCGUCAGUUUUGCACAGCUGAAGAGUCUCAAGUUUUUGGAUCUAAAGGAAAACCCUCUAGUCCCUGAACUAGCCAAGGCAGCUGGACCUUGUAUAACUGCUAAUGAUUGUGCAAAAGGAUUUUUUUAA